AUGGCCCCACAGGGUUCAACAAAAACGUUAGCUCUCUUCCUAGCAGUGAUCAGCAUCGUCUUCCCCAGCCAAACCGAAGCCCACAGCUUACCCCUUCACUGCCAUUAUCCACCGCCACGGGUGUGUCCACCGUGUCCACUACCACUGCCGCCUCCACCGUGUCCAAAAAUUCCGCCUCCACCAUGUCCUGCACCAGCGAUGAUUCCGCCUCCACCGUGUCCAGCACCAAUGCCUCCUCCACCCUGUCCACGACUCCCACCGCCUCCACCGUGUCCUCAGCCACCGCCUCAGCCACCGCCUCAGCCACCAACAUCACAACCACCACCUCCUCCAAACACACCACCGCCUACUCCAAACUCCCAACCAUCACAGCCUCCAUUAAAGACUCCACCACCACCUCUUCCAACUACACCACCUCCUCCAAAGACUCCCCCACCGGAGACUCCGGCACCACCUCCUCCAAAUUCAGAACCACCAAUGCCUCCACCGCAGACUUCACCACCACCCCCUCCACCAAAGACUCCUCCACCAGAGACUCCACCACCACCUCCUCCAAACUCCCAACCAACACUGCCCCCUUCCCAAAUUCCACCACGACCUCCACCGAAUGUCCAACCACCACCACCCCCGCCUAGCACAUGUCCGAGGAAUGCUGGCCAAAUAAGGGCAUGUUCCAAUGUCCUAAGACGUUCCGGAAAUUUCCUAGACUUUGAAAAUGCGCAGCCAUGUUGUUCACUCAUCCGUGAUCUUUCUGAUGCGGAGGCAGCUGCUUGCAUAUGCAAUUUGGUGAAUGCACGACCCCACACUCUUUCUCCCAAUAUCACUAUCCUUUGUAGGACUUGUGGCCGCAACAUUCCCCGAGGUUUCGCCUGCCCAUGA